GAAGACCAUUCCUUAUCCUGCGAAACGAAACCUAGGCAAUCUUCAGCCUCGAGCUCCCAACGGCCUCGAGACAUUCCACAAGCCACGCAACCCGCUGCACGUACGACUGCCUUCGCCAGGUAACAAUACCACAAUAACAACGCUCUCAUCUCGUUACUGCCACUCUCCUUACUCGAGCACAAUAACGCGCUUGUAUCUCCAGUCUUCCUAGGAUUCAACGGCGUUAGCCUGGUGGAACGGGCUACUCAAGAAGAAGACACUGGCGAAAGCAAGGAGACGCAGAUCAAGCUUGGGCAUAGAGGACAACCUGCAAGAUGAAUAGAUUAUUCGGCGCAAAGAGCACAGCUCCCAAGCCGAAUCUGAAUCAAGCUAUCUCAAAUGUCGACGACAGAGUCUCCUCGAUCGAUGUCAAGCUUGCUGCCAUAAAUGCCGAACUCCAAGGAUACCAGACCAAGCUGUCGAAGAUGCGCGAUGGGCCGGGGAAGACUGCCAUCAAGCAGAAGGCGCUGAAGGUUUUACAACGGCGGAAGAUGUACGAAGGUCAAAGAGAUCAAUUACAACAGCAGUCCUGGAAUAUGGAACAAGCAGGGAUGAUGCAAGACAACCUGAAGAAUGUUAUGACGACCGUGGAUGCCAUGAAGCAGACAAAUAAGGCUCUCAAGCAACAAUAUGGCAAGAUAAACAUCGAUAAGAUCGAGCGGAUGCAGGAUGAGAUGGCGGAUCUGAUGGAUAUUGGCAAUGAUAUCAACGAGAGCAUAAGUCGGAGCUACGAUAUACCUGAGGAUGUGGACGAGGCCGAGUUGGAUGCUGAGCUCGAGGCUCUGGGUGACGAGGUCGAGUACGAGAAUAUGGGAGCAGAGAGUACACCGAGCUUUAUGGUGGAUGAGGUACCACAAUUCAUUGAUGAGCCACCGCAGAAGACCGAUCAAGUCAAGGAGGCUGCAGGAUGACCUAGGGUUGGAGUAUU